CCACUUUAGCUCUUCAGCAAAUGGGGAGAGUGCAGCAGCUAGCUUGGAUCGAGCUUUGUGGGAAAAACAUGGGACGGGGCAGGGUCAUCGGGACGCGGGGCACGUCGUCCGAGCUCCCCGUAGCUCGUUUGUUAAGCACACUGCCUCCAACUGGUGCAGAUCGCAUUUAUGAAACACGUACAAAAGUGUUGGCAGGCUAGCGGGGCGUGGUGGCGCACGCCUAUUUAUGCUAGCCCUCGGGAGGCUGAGACAGGAGGAUUACCGUGAGUUCCGGGCCAGCCUGAAUUGCUGAGUGAGAUCCUGUCUCCAAAGAAAAAGAGAAUGUUGCCAGGUUGUUCCAGAACCUUCAGUAAGUAGGCCAUUUGAACAGUUAGAUCAUGGCAACCAUAGAAGAAAUUGCGCAUCAGAUUAUUGAACAACAGAUGGGAGAGAUCGUUACUGAGCAGCAAGCUGCGCAGAAGAUCCAGAUCGUGACAGCACUGGACCCUAAUGCCCAGGGCAAGCAAUUCAUCCUGACGAGCCACGGUGGCUCCGCCCCCGGCAAGGUCCUUCUGGCCCGGCAGGACUCAGCUCCUGGGAAGGUUUUCCUCACCACUCCAGAUGCUGCGGGCGUCAACCAGCUAUUCUUCACCGCCACUCCCGACCUGUCUACACCGCAUCUCCAGCUCUUAACAGAUAGUUCUUCCCCAGACCAGGGACCAAAUAAGGUUUUUGAUCUUUGCGUAGUAUGUGGAGACAAAGCAUCAGGGCGUCAUUAUGGAGCAGUAACUUGUGAAGGGUGCAAAGGAUUUUUUAAAAGAAGCAUUCGAAAAAAUUUAGUGUACUCAUGCCGUGGAUCAAAGGACUGUAUUAUUAACAAGCACCAUCGGAACCGCUGUCAGUACUGCAGGUUACAGAGAUGUAUCGCCUUCGGAAUGAAACAAGACUCUGUUCAGUGUGAAAGAAAACCCAUUGAAAUGUCCCGAGAAAAAUCUUCCAACUGUGCCGCUUCAACAGAAAAAAUCUAUAUCCGCAAAGACCUUCGAAGUCCGCUGGCUGCAACUCCGACUUUUGUGACAGACAGUGAGGCCGCAAGGUCCGCGGGGCUGCUGGACUCGGGGAUGUUGGUGAACAUCCACUCUUCCAGUACGAAGGCCGAGUCGGCGGUACUGGUGACGCCCGAGAAGGCUGAAUCAUGUCAGGGAGAUUUGAGUACAUUGGCCAGUGUGGUUACGUCACUAGCAAACCUUGGAAAGACAAAAGAGCUUUCUCCAGAUAGUAACGGCACGUCAGUGAUGGAGAGUUUACACAAUGGGGACGUGUCUUUGGGUGAAUUUCAUCAAGAAAUGCAGACCAGUGGUGACGUUUCAAGGGCAUUUGACACCCUUGCCAAAGCGCUGGACCCUGGAGAGAGCAGCACCUGUCAGAGCUCAGGGGAGGGCCCGGAAGGAGGCAGACACCUGGCCGCAGGAGAGUCCAGCAUGAGUUACAUCGAGAAGGAGGGGCCGCUUCUCAGCGAGUCACAUGUAGCUUUCAGGCUCACCAUGCCUUCUCCUACGCCCGAGUACCUGAAUGUGCACUACAUUGGGGAGUCUGCCUCCAGGCUGCUGUUCUUAUCAAUGCACUGGGCACUUUCCAUCCCUUCUUUCCACGCGCUAGGACAGGAAAACAGCAUAUCACUGGUGAAAGCGUACUGGAAUGAACUCUUUACUCUUGGCCUUGCACAGUGCUGGCAAGUGAUGAAUGUAGCGACCAUAUUAGCAACCUUUGUCAAUUGUCUCCACGGCAGCCUUCAACAAGAUAAAAUGUCACCGGAAAGAAGGAAACUGUUGAUGGAGCACAUCUUCAAACUGCAGGAGUUUUGUAACAGCAUGGUUAGGCUCUGCAUUGAUGGGCAUGAGUAUGCCUACCUGAAGGCAAUAGUGCUCUUCAGCCCAGAUCAUCCAGGCCUAGAAAAUAUGGAACAGAUUGAAAAAUUUCAGGAAAAGGCUUAUGUCGAAUUCCAAGAUUACAUAACUAGAACAUAUCCGGAUGACACCUACAGGCUGUCCAGACUGCUGCUCAGAUUGCCGGCUCUGCGAUUGAUGAAUGCCACCAUCACGGAGGAGCUGUUUUUCAAAGGCCUCAUUGGGAAUGUCCGAAUUGACAGUGUUAUCCCACAUAUUUUAAAAAUGGAGCCUGCAGACUAUAACUCUCAAAUAAUUGGUCACAACAUUUGAAAGCUGUGAUCACAGUGUAUAAACUUACUGUUCCUUCCUGGAACACAAAAAGAUACCAAAUUGAACUCAUUGCUUCCAGGGUAUCUGGAAAUUUUGACUUUAAAAGUAACCAAAAUCCAAGGUAUUUUUACUUUAGCUUUCUCACGAAGAAUUUUUGAAGUGACUGGACAGUCAGCAGGAAUUAGAUUUCCUUUUCUGUUUCUGUUUUAUAUUAUAAAGCAAAUAAAUUAGUCUUUUCUCCCCUGAAUUGUGUUCUAUUCAUAUUUAACUUUAUUGUGAACCUAAUAUACUUACUGGUCAGUUAGCUCUAAGGAGAAAUUCCUUGUAUUUUAAUCUUCCAUCAUGUAAUCUGUUUUAAUUGCCAUGUCAAAGAUUAUUUUAUGCUCAGUGAUAUAAUAAUGUUAGAACUAUAGGAAAUAAUAAUCAAAUAUAUAUUUUUGUCUUUGUAAAUUCAUGAUGUCCUUUACCAUAUACCACUCACUGCUGGCAAUGAGAUGUAGGCCAUUCAUGGCUUUUAAUGUUAUGUUUUAUUAGUUACCAGCACUUUUUAUUUAGGUGGCAGAAAACUGGUUUUGUGGUUAAGAUGGGGUUUGUUCUUUAGUAUAUUUUGUUUAUUGCUGUGCUUUAAAUAUAGUACCGACUAAGCCCAAAAUAUUUCACUAUUUCAAAAUGGGUAUUAAAACUGUUGCUCUUGCAUAUUCCACAGCAAGCACCUGAACGUCCCUUCUUCCUGUACCUGUGUUACAGCUUCCUGCCUCUGCCCUGCGGUUCUGCUGACUUCUUUCAGAUUGUUAGAAAAGCUGGUCUGAGUUGCUAAAUAAUGGACUUGUAGUAGCCCAUGUUUUCAAAAAUCUAUGGGUUAAACAGUUAUUUUAAAGCAGUUGAUAAUUUUUAAAGGAAUAUGUACUGAUUCUUUCAUUGCAAAGCAGUAGUAUUGAGGGGUUGGCUUGAGGCUAUGUUUUGAGACAGGAUCUUGGUUUGUAGUUCUGGCUGGCUUCGAACUCACUAUGUAGCCCAGGCUGGCUUCAAUUCAUGGCAGUCCUCCUGCCUCAGCCUCUUGAGUGCUGGGGUUACAGGUGUGUGCCACGCAUUCAAAAAAGCAUUUUAGACUUUGAUGUCUCCCACAUCAAUGUUAAAGCAAACCUGUUACUGUUAGAUAGUUCUUUGCUCUGAUUAACAGUGAGUUCUUUUGGUAUGACUAUCUGUUGAUUUUUAAAACACAAAUAUGGAGAGUUUAUUGUACUCAGUACAUUUUUUAUAAAGAUUUUUGCAGUGGAAGAGAAGCUGAAAUUUUUGGGAGAGUGUAGAUUUUACCAAUGACUACUUUAUAGUUGUUUUUUAGAAAAGUGUCAACAUUUUUUUAAAGUAUCAACUUAGUCUUUAACAGCUUAUUGAGUAAAACUUCUUUCCCAGUUUAAAUCAUGAUUUUUGUCAAGAGCUUUAUUUAUAAUUCUCAGCUGGAGAAAACUACACUUAGUGUAAAACACUCACAUGAAAAAGUCAGGGUCGUACCUUUAUAAACCCCUGGUUGUAAACCAAGGAUUCAGAAAAUCCCUUAAAUGUACUAAUGGCUAAUUAAGAUGUUUCAGGUAUUUUUUUCCUGAUUAAAUUUGUAGUUAUAUUUGGAAGUGUUUAAAAAACCAUAUUAAAAUGUGGCUUGUAUUACAAA